CUACUAACCAGAAAAAAAAAACUCGAAUGGAAAAAAGAACUUAAAUAAUUUAAAAAAAUAUUCUCUUAAGAAUUUCGAUAGUUUCUAUAACGGCUUGAAAUUAAUAAUAAUAAAAAUAAAAAAAUAUUUGAAUGAAAUUUUUCGGACAUAAAAAAUCUUUUUUUUUUUAAGCAAAUCAAUAAACCGGAAAAGGGUGGCUUUUGUAUUAUCAUAACAAAUUCGCUUGUACAUGUGUUUGUGUUAAAGUUUCUACUAUUCUAAUUUUUCAUAUCAACAAAUUACUAGAACUACAAAAACCUUUCAUUCCACGCAAAAGUAAUAAACAAUUUUUAGUUGAUUGUACUUUGACAGAAGAAAGCCUAAAUGUAUGUUAAAAUGUGUGUUAAUCAAAAUUUGUGGAAGAAGUAGACGAAAUGAAAGUAAUCCAGUUUUCAAAUUAAACUCAUUCAAAAUCAAAUACGCACAAUAUCUACUUGUUAUAAUCCACUCUAUUAAUCCAGUAUGACGGCGAAAGCUAGCGAUAAUGAUAUGAAUAAAAUGGCUUCUGAGAUUCCGCGUCUUAGUUCCGAAUUGGCUGCACAAGCUGCUCUGAGGGCGCAGCAAAUAUUGCGUAAGCAAGCUUCUCAGGAGGAUUAUACUUUAACACCACCAAGUACGAUUGGUAAAUCAAAUGCGCCAUCGUUGUUAGGUCAAUUGCCUCCGAAACCAAUUGGAUCUGUGCCACCACCAUUGCCACCUCAGCACAAUAAACCAGUUCCUGCUAUACCAGCUCGAGCAGCUGAUCGUGCUACGCCCCCAGAAAUACCGCCCAAACGUCACAGCUUAAAAAGUUUGCCUGAUGGGUUUAAUUUACCUCCACCUGGUCGGCAGCCACCUCCGCUACCCAAAAAACCUGCAUCUGCCCAAAGCUCAGCACAUAGUAGCGCACAAAAUUCACCCUUAGCUAUAGCGAAAUUUAAAGAGAAGCCACCUCUACCAGCCGAUAAGCCGGAUAUAAAAAGGUCUUCCAAUCCUUUUGAUUUACCGUUAGACAAAAAUGUCCCUUCGCCAGCACCGCAAAGAGCUAGCGAUGUCAAGAAAUCGGCGGUUAAUGCGGUUGCAUCGCGGCUCUCCCCUACCGACGACUUUGGUUCGGAAGAUGCCCUGCGUGGCAUAGAGAGUGGCAUUCGUAACAUGGAGCGAGCAAUGCAAGAGCAAAUGAAUUUACGUUCACUGGAGGCUGUACAAAAUAAUUUCGAUAUACAAUUCAAAGCAGCUUUAAGUACAGGUGGACGGCAUAUAUCUUCUGUUAAUAUGCGAGCGGCUGCCUAUGAGCGUAAUCUUUCUUUAGAUGAAAACACUAGUGCACACAAUGCUGCAGCUGCUGCUAGGCAAUCAUUUGAGGAACUCAAGCAUUUAAGGGCACAACAAUUGCAAAAUGCUUCCACCAAUAAUCUUUCGCAACUUGAGCAAACACAACAACAAGCCAUGCGCUCAACAAUCGAACAUCAUAUGCGCUCAUUGGACCGCAACUUACCCUUGGAAUUACAAUAUAGUCGUCGCGCUCAUGCUCAAGUUGUGGCACAAGAAUUUACCAAGACCUCGAAUACGAGCACCACAGUAGCCCCUCCAGCAGUUUCGCCCAUCCCCUUGAGUAAUGAAUUCCGCGAACACAUACGUCAGCAACUGCUUGGUAACAUACCUGGUAAUGUGGUGCAUAACACAGGUCAGGCCCCGGGAUCCGCAGCGGCUGCUGCUCUGCUGCAGCAUCAGGCACAAUCGCGAGCAGCCGCGGCAGCAGCUGUAGCUCAAGGGGGGCCUGUAGCCGCCUUAACGCGUGAGGAAAUCCGUAUGCGGCGUCGCUCGUCACACGAUGAAACACAAGUACCACAAAGUGUUUCGCCAGUCCUACCGGUCACGCGUUUGAGGGAACAUUGGGACGAAACCUCACAAUGCGUUCUGCAGAGAGCGGCCCAGUUGAAAAACAUGUUGGGCGACUCGCAAAGAUACGAAGCCAAACGGUUAGAACUGGAAAAGUGGUUACAGCGUAUGGAGGCUCGAGCUGAACGUAUGGGUACGGUGGCUACAACGGCAGACAUACUCGAGGCGCAACAAAAGGAACAAAAGUCUUUUCAUGCCGAACUGCAUCAACAUAAACCACAAUUCGAAAUUUUUAAUACUCUAACGCAAAAAUUGAUUGCUGUCUAUCCGUCAGAUGACACAUCGCGUAUUAAAAAAAUGACAGAAGGUGUCAAUCAACGAUAUUCGAAUUUAAACAAUGGUGUCAUCAAUCGCGGUAAACAACUGCAUGCAGCUGUUCAUAGUUUGCAGUCAUUUGAUCGGGCUAUGGAUCAAUUUUUAGCUUUUCUGUCUGAAUCUGAAUCACUUUGCGAGACAGCCGAAGCCGAAAUUGAGCGCAACCCGCUGAUGUUUAAGGACUUGCAAUCGGAAAUUGAAACUCAUCGUGUGGUAUAUGAUCGUCUCGAUGGCACUGGCCGUAAACUUUUGGGUUCACUAACCUCACAGGAAGACGCUGUAAUGCUGCAGCGACGGUUGGAUGAAAUGAAUCAACGUUGGAAUAAUUUAAAAUCAAAAAGCAUUGCCAUAAGGAAUCGUUUGGAGAACAAUUCGGAGCAUUGGAAUGCGUUGCUAUUAUCAUUACGGGAAUUAACCGAAUGGGUCAUACGCAAAGAUACCGAACUAUCGACACUUGGUGUCGGCCCGGUUAGAGGAGAUGCUGCUAGUUUACAAAAGCAAUUGGAUGAUCACAAAGCAUUUCGCCGUCAAUUGGAGGAUAAGCGUCCAAUUGUUGAAAGCAAUUUAUUAAGUGGACGUCAGUACAUAGCCAGUGAACCACCAGUUUCCGAUACGAGCGAUACUGAAGCUGCUCAUGAUACGGAUUCACGUUACAUGUCCGCCGAGGAACAAAGCCGUGAAUUGACACGCAGCAUUAGACGUGAAGUUGGCAAGCUAUCAGAACAAUGGAAUAAUUUAAUUGAUCGUUCAGAUAAUUGGAAACAUCGCCUGGAUGAGUAUAUGACGAAAAUGCGUCAAUUCCAAAAGGUUUUAGAAGAUCUAAGUUCACGAGUAGCCUCAGCUGAGACUACCCAAGCCUCUUGGGUCACUCCUAGCAGUUCAGCGGAAGCCAGUGAACAAAUGCAGCAUUUACAACGUUUACGUGAUAAAAUGACAACUGCCGGUGCUCUACUGGAUGAUUGCAACGAACAGCAAUCGUUUUUCACCGCUAAUCAAGUGCUGGUUCCGCCCACUUGCCUGUCCAAAUUGGAAGAUUUGAAUACUAGAAUGAAACUUCUUCAAAUUGCCAUGGACGAGCGUCAUAAAGUUUUGUUAACUGCCGGCGGUAAUCAGUCGUUGGAUAAUGGAGAAGAUGGUCGUACCACAUCAAAUAGUGGCACCAUAGGUCCUCUACCCAAUUUAGGUCAAAGUGUUAAGCCCCCUUGGGAGAGAGCUACAACAGCAGCCAAUGUGCCUUAUUAUAUAGACCAUGAACGUGAAACCACCCACUGGGACCAUCCCGAUAUGAUUGAUAUGAUGAAGAGUUUAGCCGAUUUGAAUGAAAUACGUUUCUCCGCUUAUCGUACUGCCAUGAAAUUACGUUCAGUUCAGAAGGCCUUAGCACUGGAUCGUAUACCGAUGGCUACGGCUAUAGAAUCAUUUGAUCGUCACGGUUUAAGGGCACAAAAUGAUAAAUUGAUCGAUAUACCCGACAUGACAACGGUACUGCAUUCACUGUAUGUGACUAUCGAUAAAAUCGAUUUAACUAAAUUAUUGGAUUUGGCUAUAAAUUGGAUAUUAAACGUUUAUGAUAGUCAGCGUACUGGACAAAUUCGAGUUUUAAGUUUUAAGGUGGGUUUGGUUUUACUAUGUCGCGGUCAUUUAGAGGAGAAAUAUCGUUAUCUGUUCCGGUUGAUAGCGGAUCCUGACCGUAAGGUCGAUCAACGUAAAUUGGGUCUACUACUGCAUGAUUGUAUACAGGUUCCUCGUCAACUAGGUGAAGUGGCUGCUUUCGGUGGUUCCAAUAUAGAACCCUCGGUACGCUCAUGUUUAGAAAGAGCCGGCAUUUCGCAAGAAGCAAUUGAUUCUAAUCAAGAAUUAACCAUUGAGUUGCAUCAUUUCCUUGCUUGGCUGCAACAUGAACCGCAAAGUUUAGUCUGGCUACCGGUAUUACAUCGUUUGGCAGCUGCCGAAACAGCCAGACAUCAGGCAAAAUGUAACAUAUGCAAAGAGUAUCCUAUCGUUGGUUUCCGUUAUCGUUGCCUGAAGUGUUUUAACUUUGACAUGUGCCAAAAGUGUUUCUUCUUUGGACGUAAUGCCAAGAAUCACAAACUUAGUCAUCCUAUGCAUGAAUAUUGUACAACGACCACUUCCACCGAAGAUGUUAGAGACUUUACAAGAGCCUUGAAAAAUAAAUUCAAAAGUCGCAAAUACUUUAAAAAACAUCCCCGAGUGGGCUAUUUACCGGUGCAGAGUGUUUUGGAAGGUGACGCCUUGGAAAGCCCUGCACCGAGUCCUCAACACACAACGCACACUCUACAAAAUGAUAUGCACUCAAGACUGGAAAUGUAUGCUACGCGUCUAGCUCAAGUCGAAUACGGUGGCGGUACCGGUUCCAAUUCCACGCCAGACAGUGAUGAUGAACAUCAACUAAUCGCACAGUAUUGUAUGGCUCUACCGACAAAUAAUGGUGCUGGUGGUGCUCCUAAAUCUCCCGUUCAAGUAAUGGCUGCUAUGGAUGCCGAACAAAGGGAAGAAUUAGAGGCAAUUAUACGCGAUCUGGAAGAAGAGAAUGCCAACUUACAGGCGGAAUAUCAGCAACUUGUUACCAAACAACAAAGCACAACACCCGAAGACGGUAACGGUAGUGGCAUGCAACAUUCCAAUUCCUCAAUGGGCAACUUGGCAGCGGGCUCAAAUAACGCAGGAGAGCACGGUCAGGAUAUGAUGGCUGAAGCUAAAUUACUGCGUCAACAUAAAGGCCGCCUGGAGGCUCGCAUGCAAAUUCUCGAGGAUCAUAACCGUCAAUUGGAAGCGCAAUUGCAACGUUUGCGCCAAUUAUUAGACGAACCCAAUAAUGGUGGCGUUGGUGGUUCCGGUUCGGCAUUAAACUCAAAACCGAACACUCUUCAAACGCGAUCUGUAACCGCCUCCCAGUUAAAUACAGAUUCACCAGCCAAAAUAAAUCAACAGAAUGGUCAUUACGAUCAGAACACAAAAAGUCUCAUAUUACCCGGUAUGAAUGAUCAUCUUUUGGUUGCGACCGCAUCAGGAAAACAUCAUCUCUUGACAGCCAAUAAUACAGCAGCGAAUAUACAUGCUCUACAACAGCAACAGCAACAACAACAGCAGCAGCAGCAGCAACAACGUAGUUCACAUGCUGGCAAUGGUGGCAAUGGUGGUUUAGAUAUGAACAGUAGUCAUAGCCAUUUACCGAACUUGGCAGCCCUCAAUUCGUAUCUAACAGAUGAUGGCAGACCACCGCCACCGCCACACAAUGCCAUAAUGCAGCACAAUGCAAGCGAACAUAAUUAAAAACAAAAAAAAAAGUGAAAUAAAAAGCUUUUCAAAGGCCAGCAUUGUGUAGCUCCACUAAUGAAAGGCGGCCAUUGGUAAAGCGGUAGAAGAGUUAGUAACUGUUAUAACCGAACAGGAAAUUGAGCAGACCUUGGACGCUGAAGAUCUUGAUAUGACU